AUGAAAUUUGCCAAAGAGCUAGAACAGGAGCUUGUUCCUGAAUGGCGGGCAAAGUAUCUCGACUACAAGACCGGCAAGAAGAAAGUCAAGGCGGUCACUCGCGCCCUGCAAAAGGCACACCGCAGUCCUCGCGCACCCUCCUACCGGCAGUCCACCCCGCAGGCUCGCGGCGCGGCGCAAUUUAGCCUCACACCGUCGAAUACGGAUAAAGCGUUGGAUGCGACAGAGACCAAUGACCCAUCGACUCCGCGAGGUGGUACAAAGCCGCCGUCAGUGGCACGGUCCACACCGAUUCCUAGGAGUGAGCGACAGCCACUGCGCACGCCAGGGUCACGGUUCUCGGAACACGUUGGUAGUUAUGGGAGUAUACUCGCCACACCACCGCCUCAGGGAACGGCAGCGUCCGAUGCAGCCUCGUUUGAACUGCCAGAUCCAGCACUCGAUCCUGAUGAGGAAUACAUGCCGCCUGAUGAGAAUGAGGACCGGUCCAGGACCGUCAGGACGCCGUCGCCGGUGAUGGAUCGACAUACCACUUUCAGCACCUCGCCUUCACAACCUAUGGCAGAUACCCCUCCGGUGGAACGGAGGCCCGGGUUGGAGCAUCGGCCCAGUUAUCAAAGCCCUUUGAGCGGUGCCCUGACGCGAACGACGUCGACCAAGCGAGGAUCUCAUAUCCUGCGGCGGGUGUUUUCUAACACGGAGGGCGAUAUUGGCGGGAAACGAUCACAGCCGGAUGGUUCGGAGGUUGACAAGCGACAAGAUGAAUUCUUCGAAUUUCUGGAUAGCGAGUUGACCAAGAUCGAUUCGUUUUAUCAAAUGAAAGAGCAAGAAGCCACAGAUAAGCUUGGCAUUCUUCGUCAGCAGCUGCACAUUAUGCGCGAUCAGCGUAUACAAGAAGUCCUAAUGGCCAAGAGAGGCGCCAAGGGGGACGGUCCGGACGCCCAGCAACGACCGAACGGGUUCGUGAAACUCAACAGUCACCGACUGAAGGACACGCUUGUUGGAAAGAAUCGCUUCGGUAAGAACUCGGAGGCCUUGGCUGAGAUGGCCACCCCUGGCAUGCACGCCCAGGACCGAGAGUUCAUCUCCAACCGGAGGGAUUUCAUGCGACGACAGGAGCCACCUAGCCAGGAAGUCUCGUAUCGCUCGGCAAAGCGCAAGCUCAAGCAUGCAUUGCAAGAGUUCUAUCGUGGGGUUGAACUCUUGAAGGGGUACGCGUAUUUGAACCGCACAGCCUUCCGGAAGAUUAACAAGAAAUACGACAAAGCGGUCAACGCCCGCCCUCCCUUGCGUUACAUGUCAGACAAGGUCAAUAAGGCGGCCUUUGUGCAAAGUGAAGUGAUUGAGAGUUUGAUGGUCGCCGUUGAGGACUUAUAUGCCCGGUACUUUGAACGUGGCAAUCGCAAAAUCGCCGUCUCGAAGCUUCGUCACACUAUCAAGAAGUCAGGCGACUAUUCCCCGAACACUUUCCGUUCUGGUCUUCUGUUGAUGGGUGGAACACUCUUUUCUAUCAAAGGUCUGGUGGAUGCUACAAAAAAGCUUCGGACAGCGGAGAUUGAGAAGCAAGUUCAGACCAGCUAUUUGCUGCAGAUAUACGGCGGAUACUUUUUGAUCGUGUUUCACGUCUUGCUCUUUUGCAUGGAUUGUUUGAUUUGGACCAAGUCGAAGAUCAACUAUGCCUUCGUUUUUGAGUAUGAUAGCCGACACACCUUGGAGUGGCGUCAGUAUCUGGAGAUUCCUUCUUUCUUCUUCUUUUUGAUGGGCCUCUUCAUGUGGCUCAACUUCUCAUGGAUAAAUGAUAUGUACAUUUACUGGCCUGUCGUGCUCAUCGGGUUGACGGUCAUUAUUAUCUUCUUACCAGCCCGUGUCCUAUAUCACAGGAGUCGCAAAUGGUUCGCCUUUUCGAAUUGGCGUCUAUUACUUGCUGGGAUAUACCCUGUCGAGUUCCGUGAUUUCUUCCUCGGUGACAUGUACUGUUCUCAGACAUAUGCCAUGGGAAACAUUGAACUCUUCUUCUGCCUAUACGCCUCCUACUGGGGCAACCCUCCCCACUGCAACUCCACUCACUCUCGACUCUUGGGAUUCUUCCAAUGUUUACCAUCUAUCUGGCGAGCCUUCCAGUGUAUACGCCGGUACCUAGACACGAGAAAUGCCUUCCCUCACCUUUUGAACUUGGGCAAGUACAUAUUCGGCGUGCUUUACUACGCCACCCUGAGCAUGUACCGUAUCGACCUCCAAACGCGCUUCCAAGCCUCAUUCAUCACCUUUGCUCUACUGAAUGCCGUCUACACUUCAGUCUGGGAUCUGAUAAUGGACUGGAGUCUCGGGAACCCCUACGCAAAGAACCCAAUGCUUCGUGAAGUGCUCGCCUUCCGCCGGGUCUGGGUAUACUACGUCGCCAUGGUGCUAGACGUAGUCAUCCGCUUUAACUGGAUCUACUACGCAAUAUUUAUCAGGAACAUCCAGCAAUCAGCCCUCCUCAGCUUCAUGGUAUCCUUCUCGGAAGUCUGCCGUCGUGGUAUAUGGUCCAUCUUUCGAGUGGAAAACGAGCACUGUACCAAUGUCCUCCUCUUCCGUGCUUCACGCGAUGUCCCCCUCCCGUACGACCUCCCAGUACCAGCUGCCGCACCCCUCGACGGUUCUCCAGAAGACGUCCAGCUCCAGGAACAGCAACACGCAGCUGUCUCAACGCCCUUCAUGUCCCCCGGCGAUGUCGAGCACGGAACACCCUCGACAUCGAGCAUGCGGGCACGCAAUCGUCGCCCAUCGGUUGGACUCAGCCGCGUUGGCACAAUCGUCGCAUCAGCCCACGCUCAAGACUUCCAGCGCCGUCGCCUCCCAACCUAUCUCUCCAGCGCGAGCGUCGGUCGCGACAUGGCAGCCGACGGCGAUGAUAGCACAGACGAGGAUGACGAGGGCGAUCUAAGCACGGACGAGGACUCAGGGUCAGCAGCGAAUGAGCACGAAACGCGCGACAAUGGAAGACCACACUCCCUCCGACAAGAUGCAAUGAACCGCAUCGUUGAGUGA